AUGAAAAACGAGACCGUGCAGUUCAUCGAUAACCUUUCUGGAAGUUCUGCAACACAGGCUCCAGUCGCACAUUCGCACGAACAGGACGGCCCAAGUCACUCGCAUGAUCACGGUACGGGUGAGCAUGGCCAUACUCAUGAGCAUCUAGAGAACGCAGGUAAGUACUCGGAGCGUGAUAUGCCGAACUUCCUGUCGCGGAGUUUUGAGGAGCGCGGUUUCACUGUGGGCAUCGGAGGGCCAGUAGGAUCAGGCAAGACAGCACUUACGCUUGCACUAUGCCGACGUUUGCGCACCGAGUACAAUAUUGCGACUGUUACGAAUGAUAUCUUUACUCGCGAGGACCAAGAAUUUCUUAUCCGUAACAAAGCUCUUCCGGCAGAACGUAUUCUUGCAAUCGAGACCGGAGGCUGCCCUCAUGCAGCGAUUCGCGAAGACAUAUCCGCAAACAUGGGUGCUUUAGAGACACUUCAAGCAAAAUUUGGCUGUCAGAUACUUUUCGUUGAGAGUGGAGGCGACAACCUUGCGGCGAAUUACUCUCGCGAACUUGCCGAUUAUAUCAUUUAUGUCAUUGAUGUUUCUGGAGGGGACAAGAUUCCGCGAAAGGGCGGUCCGGGCGUUUCGCAAUCCGAUCUUCUUGUCGUUAACAAGAUUGACAUUGCGCCUUUUGUCGGGGCUUCACUAGAGGUCAUGGAGCGCGAUUCGAGAAAGAUGCGCGGGGACGGCCCGACCUUGUUCACGUCCGUAAAGAACGGAACUGGAAUGGAAGAUGUAGCCCAGCUUAUCCUUGCCGCAUGGCGAACCGCUGGAAGCCCCGGCAAGGAAGGGCCGGUCGGCGAUGAGGGUCUGGUUGGCGGCGAAAGUCUAUAGUUCUAGCGUAUAUAUGUAGCAUAUCUUCUAUGUAAAAACAUGUACUCUUGCGUGC